AUGAGAGACCGUACAAAGAGAAGACGCCUCAACAGCGACACAAGUCCCAUUCCAGACACCAUAAUCGAUAAGAGCUCAUGGAAUGGCUUCUGUGAGAUCGAAUCUGAGCCAACAGCAGACAAUGCCUGUGCCAGCGUAGCUCUGUUGAACAUAGUCAACAAUAUCGACGAUAUCACGCUAGGUGAUACCUUGGCCAGCUUCAAGGAGUUCACAAUGCCGUUUACGCCUGCAUUGAGGGGCGAUGCGAUAGCCAAUUUUGACUUUAUCAAGAGAAUACAUAACUCAUUUGCACGUUCCAUGGACAUCCUAAACUCCGACAUAUCACUCAAGGACGAGGCUGUUGUGAGCAAAUCAAGCCGCCGGAUCGAUGAUAGCGCCUCCAACGAAGCGGCUUUUCAUUUCAUUGCAUUUGUGCCAGCGCUCGGCCGAGUAUGGAAAUUCGAUGGGCUGGAGCGUCAACCUCAGGAUCUCGCACCCUGCACCAAUGGUGACUGGCUCAAACAAGUCCGAUCCCAUCUCAUUGAUAAAAUGAUGGAGUAUGCAGAAGGUCAGAUCGAAUUCUCGGUGCUGAGUCUCGUGCGAGAUCCGCUCAAGGAUUAUACCGAGCAAUUGGCUCGCAACGUGAGGAGCUUGCAGGGCAUACGCCAUCGUUUGAGUGAGACUCAGCUUGGAGACAUAGAGGCUGUAUUGGGGGCACCCGAAUUCGAUGGUGUGCUACUGGCCGCAGAUCCGGCGUUGGGGCUUACGGAGGAGUGUCUGAUGAGCAUUGAUGCUGCAGAAACUGUAAAUAGUGGCGAUGAUGGCAGCCUUCCACGGGAAUAUUUACGGCUGGUAAGUAGCCAGCGAGGCAUUAAGACGUCAAUCCUAGAAGAAAUGCAACUUCGUCGAGAUGACGAGGCUUUUGCAGAGGGGAGGAGACAUGAUUGUUCGUCGGCAGUGGAAUUUUGGGCUCGGGCACUGGCUAGCAAGGGUGUUGUUAAGGAGUUACUUAGCUAG